AUGGGCGAUUUUGGAAAUUUUUAGUUACGGAAUCGUAUCAGGCCUAUAGUCUUAGAAUUGAAAGUGAUAUCAAGAAUUUUGAAGAAUAGAAAAUCCAAGAAAUUCAGAUAAAAAGGAAAUUUUACAAGCCUUUCAAGUCAGAAUGGCUUCAGAAGAAAUUGACGAUUCUCUUUACAGUCGCCAGCGAUAUGUUUUGGGAGAUAGUGCUAUGAAGAGAAUGGCCCAAUCAUCUGUUUUACUAUGUGGAGUUGGUGGAUUGGGAAUUGAAAUAGCUAAAAAUAUUGUUUUAGCAGGUGUUAAGUCUUUAACAAUACAAGAUGAUAAAAAUGCCAGUAUUGAAGAUCUGGGCACUCAGUUUUUUCUACAUGAGGCAGACAUCAAUAAAAACAGGGCUGAAGCUAGCAGUCAUCACCUAUCAGAGUUAAAUCCCUAUGUCAGUAUAAAGACUUUAACACAGAAAUUGGAUGAGAAAACUGAUCUAUCUUACCUGAAACAAUAUCAGUGCAUAAUAUUAACAGAAUCACCAUUAAAUGUACAGCUCAAGGUCAAUAGAUAUUGUAGAAGUCAAAAACCACAAAUACAGUUUAUAUCUAGUGAUGUAUUUGGUAUAUUGGGACAAGUUUUCUGUGAUUUUGGUGAUGAAUUUGAGGUUAUGGAUCAUAAUGGUGAAGAACCUAAAGAAGUUUUUGUAGCUAAUAUUACUCAAGGAUCUCCAGGUAUAGUGUCAACAUUAGAUAAUAAAGUUCAUGGCUUUGAGAAUGAUGAUACUGUGGUAUUUAAAGAAGUAAAAGGAAUGGAUUGUUUGAAUGGACAUCAGUUUAAAAUCAAAGUGGAAUCCCCAUGUACAUUUUCUAUUGGUGAAACGAGUUUAUUAGAUGAAUAUAAAGGAGGAGGUAUAGCUUCACAAGUAAAAAUUUCUAAACAUUUCAAAUUUGAAAGUUUAGAAGAACAGUUAAAAAACCCUGCAUUAUUACACCCUGAUUUAUGUAAAUUAGAUGCUCCAGCAACUUGCCAUCUGACUUAUUACACAUUACAAACAUUUAUACAGAAGGAAAAUAGAUACCCUAAUGUAUGGAGUGUAGAAGACAGUGAGAAGUUUGAGAAUCUAGCCCAGGAAUUAAAUCAACAGCUGACCUCACCAGUAGAUUGUAUCAAUAGACAGUUAUUACGAUCUAUAUGUUUUACAAGUCAAGGAUGUCUACCUCCAUUAUGUGCUACUCUGGGAGGUUUCGUAGCACAAGAGGCACUGAAGGCUUUGACUGGAAAAUUUACUCCUUUAAAUCAAUGGUUAUAUUUAGAUGCUAUUGAAGUCAUUCCACAAGAUCCUCCCUCUCCACAAUCUUUCCACAAAAAAGGUGAUAGAUAUGACUUAUUUAGAAUCUGUGUAGGAGAGGAGAAGGUGAAAGAAUUAGCCAAUACUAAAUUAUUUAUGGUGGGAUGCGGAGCUAUAGGCUGUGAAAUGUUAAAGAAUUAUGCUCUUAUGGGUAUAAGUUGUGGAGAACAAGGGAAGAUAACUAUCACUGACAAUGAUCUCAUAGAGAAAUCUAAUCUCAAUCGACAAUUUUUAUUUAGACCAAGACAUAUCAGGAUGCCUAAAUCUACUACAGCUGCUAAAGCAGUGUUAGAAAUUAAUCCUGGUUUAAAGAUUGCAGCUCAACAACAUAAAGUUUGUCCCCAAACAGAAGACUCUAUCUAUAAUGAUGCAUUUUUUGAAAGUCAAGAUGUGAUAGUGAAUGCUCUAGAUAAUGUGGAAGCUAGAAGAUAUAUGGAUGCUCGAUGUGUAACCAAUAAGAAACCAUUAUUAGAAUCUGGAACUAUGGGAACAAAAGGUCAUGUACAGGUCAUUGUACCACAUGUGACAGAAUCAUAUGGUAGUCAGAGAGAUCCACCUGAUGAAGAUUUUCCCUACUGUACAGUUAAAUCAUUCCCUGCUACAAUAGAACAUUGUAUACAGUGGGCUAGAGAUAAGUUUGAACAAGUCUUUGUACAGAAACCACAAAUGUUCAAUAAAUUUUGGGCUACGAAUGGAGAUAUAGAGAAAGUCAUAAAGAAAUUAAGUAAUGAUGAAGCAUUAGAAGGUUCAGUAAAAGUGAGUAAAUCAGCCUAUACCAAACCAACAACAUGGUUACAAUGUGUGGAACAAGCUAGAAUCAAAUUUGAAAAAUAUUUUAAUCACAAGGCCAAACAAUUACUCCACAGCUUUCCACUGGAUACUUUAUUAUCAGAUGGAAGUCCAUUUUGGCAAUCACCUAAAAGACCACCUACACCAAUUAUAUUUGAUGCAGAUAAUCCUUUACAUAUGUUGUAUAUACAGAGUGCUGCCCGUCUACUGGCUGAUGUUAAUGGAAUCUCAUGGACACCAACAGAUGUGGAUGUAACCUCUAUCAAGAAUCUGUUAGCUAAUGUCAAGGUUCCUCAAUUUAUACCCUCAAGCAAGAGAAUAGAAACUGAUGAGUCAGCUAGUAAAGGUCAAGAAGAUUCUGUGAUAUCAGGGAAUGAAGAGCAAGAAACUAUUCAAAGAUUUUCUAAAAUUUUACAUAAUAACUCUAAUAUUCAAGUAUCUGUGAUAACUGCUGAUCAAAAGCCUAUAGAAUUUGAGAAAGAUGAUGAUAAAAAUAGUCAUAUAGAUUAUAUUGCUGCAGCAGCAAAUCCAUGUUGUUUUGACAGGGACACAUUAACCUAUACUAUGUGGGAUAAAUGGGAAGUAUAUGGUAACAAAGAUUUUACACUACAAAAUUUCUUAGAUCAUUUCAAGGCUAAAUACAGUUUAGAACCCAGUAUGGUGGUUCACGGUGCCAAGAUGAUAUUUGCUCCAAUCAUGCCUGGUCACAUGAAAAGAAAGUCACAUACUAUGGUUAAGCUAUUGAAACCAAACAAUCAUACAAAAUACAUGGAUCUAAUUCUAGCUUUUACAAAUGAAAAUGAUGAGGAUGAUGAUUUGGAGGGUCCACCAGUUCGCUAUUACUUUAACUUAUGA